AUGGCUAGAGCAAUGAUUGGAACCCAUAAUGGCAAUUUUCACUGCGAUGAAGUCUUGGCAAUUGCAAUGCUUAUGCAACUCUUAGAGUACAGGAAUGCUCGAAUCAUGCGCUGUCGUGAUAUGCAACAGUUGGCCACUUGCAAUAUCCUCGUUGAUGUGGGUGGAUCAUUUGACCUUACUAUAAAAGACUUUUAUCCUAAUCUGGAACCGGCGGUGAAACUCAGCAGUGCGGGUCUCAUUUAUGCGCAUUUUGGUAAAAGAGUAAUCACCGAGAUUGCUGGGAGGCUGAAUUCUGAUGAGGCAUUGGAGGCUGUAUUUAAACGGCAAUACUUCUCCAAAGCGCUAGCUCUGGCUUCUACCGAAUUGGUAACAAAUGUCAGGCAAUUAGUGGAGGAUUGGCUGCCGGCUAGAAUCAUUGUGAAGAAUGGCCUAAUAUCUCGAUUUUCUUUCCAUCCCUCUGGAAUGAUUGCACAAUUAAUUAGGUCAGGCUGUCCCUGGAUGGAACAUAUAUUUGACCUGGAAAAGGAAGAACGGAUUACCACGCAGGCUAGAGGCCCCCGCCCUUUUAGUGGGCGACCUGUAUUCGUUGUCACAUCUGGCGCUAGGAUGUCCUCCGUCAUCGCUGUCCAAAUCAACGAAGAUGACGAAUUCUCAAAGCGGGUUUAUUUUCCGGAGUCCUGGGCUGGCAAACGCGAUCGCGAACUGGAUCAGGCCGUCGGUAUCAAUGGCUGCGUUUUUGUCCACACCGAUCGCUUCCUAACCGCACACAAGACCCUGGCUGGAAGCCUCAAAAUGGCCGUACUCGCCCUUAAGGCUGCUGGUUACUUGUAA